AUGUCCGUGACCGUCCGCAAAGUGUCCAGCCCCUCUGAGGCCGAGAUCCAGAACUACUGCGAGGUCCUCGCCGACUCGUUCAACAACCAGUUCUUCGCGGGCGCCCUCAUGAACGACGUCUCGCUCCAGGUCCCGAUCCACCGCGCGCACGUCGCCGCCGCGCUCACUGGCGAGGGCGAGGUCUGGAUCGCGGAGAUGCCGGAGGAGGGCGUCGUCGGCGUCGGCGUCUGGUUCGGUCCGGGCUUCAAGUUCCUGUCCACCGACAAACAGCGCGAGGCGGGCUGGAACGAGCUCAUGGCGAAGCUCGACGACACCUGCCGCGACUGGUGGCCGAAGUUCCUUGCGGAGUACGACGUGCUCGUCGAGUCCGUGCUUGGCGCGGGCGUGAAGCUCGGCGCGUGGCACCUGCAGCUCAUCGGCAUCAAGCAGUCCUGCCAGAAGAAGGGCGCGGGCAAGGCCCUGCUUGACGCCGUCGAGGCCGGGGCUCGCAAGGAGAAGGUUCCGACGUGCCUCGAGACCAUGGCCGGCGGGGGGGCCGCGAAGAUGUACGAGGCGGUUGGCUACACAAUGCAGGGCUCCGGGCCCAUCACAUGGGUGAACGGUGCUCAGCUGCCGUUCGGCGUGUUCAUCAAGCACACCGAGAAGGAGUAA